GCGAAAUGGGGGUACCGCGAUCUGUUUUCUGUUAAGAAAAAGUAUAUUUCGAUAUUUUGGUUGAUAAUGGAAGUUAAUUACUUCUUGAACAAGCACAAGUAUGACAUUGAUAAGUAAUUUGUCUGUACAACCAAUGUUUAACAUCGAAACCAUUAUAUGAAUAAUGAAAAGGUACACAAAAUUUCAGAUGCACGUACCGUGUAAGCCUUCUUGGGAUGUGAGAACUCUUCCAAGCUGAGACUUCAUAUUCCUCUUGUAGUCUAUAAUGAGUAGAGAGUACUUAUUUUGCUACAAAUUUUGUCCUCCUCCAAAAUAAAUUUCCUGUGAACCCCGAUAAGUGUCACUUAAUAUCAUGGCUGAACUGGUAUUUUAUCGCUCACAGUAUAAAUAUGUCAAAGGAGAUGAUUCAGAAAUAUCGCUGGAAGUAGGUGAUAUUCUUGAAGUGAAGAAGCCAUUCCAAUUUACUUUGGAAGGGACAGAAGAAAACCCAGAAGGCUGGAUUUUAGGCAGAAAUCAGAGAACAAAUGAAGUUGGAUAUUUUCCGGGGACCUUUGUUGAAUAUCUGAGGACUGAAUUGUUGGCUCCCCCUACCCCCGUGCCACAAAGACCAGUUCCUCGUCCUGAACCUAUCACUAGAAAUAUUGAAGAGAGUAAUGAUUCAGGAUAUAUUGGGUCCCCAGCUGUUGCUGCUCAUCUUAUAAAGCGUUCAUACAACCAACACAGCCUUACAAAAGUUUACUUUUUAACUCCAGUUCUAUGCAGACACUGCCGUGACUAUAUUUGGGGAACUGGAAAAGUUGGUGUGAAAUGCGAAGAGUGCCUGGGAUGUUUCCACGAUGUGUGUGUGCCCUUCGCCCCUUCCCACCUGUGCCAAAGGAACUCAGGAGAACCACCCCCAAACACCUUGGAUCGCGAAGUACCUCUUAGCCAGUGGACAUCUUCCAAUGUUGUUGAGUGGAUGGCUGCACUCAAUUUGUACAGAUAUGCUGAGCUUUUCAAAUCCAAAGACAUCAAAGGCUCUGACCUUAUGACACUGGAUAGAGAUAAAUUGAUGAGCAUGGGUGUAAAAGAUGAAUUUCAUCAAAAAGCAAUACUUGUGUGUGUGGAUGAUUUGUGUCAAAGGAAUAAUUUAAAUAGAUCUGUGCAUGAAACUAAAACACAGAAUGCAUCCCUUAGAGAAGGUUCUUCUCCAACUAGCAAUAACCAUCAGCUUCUCGAACAAAGUUUUUCCUGUGUUUUGCAAUGUGACAAAUGCCACAAUUACCUUCAUGGUGUGAUACAUCAAGGUGUGGUAUGUCAAGAAUGUGGUUUAAUAUGGCAUCGUACCUGUGCGGCUACUGGUUUGCCUCGUUGUAACACUGAUAAUAUUGAAAAGGCCAAUAGAAAAAAUUUAAUAUCAGCAAUUUUUGGAAAAGAUCUCAGUUGUCAGUUCCUGCCAUCAGUUCAGAGUGCUCCAUUACUAGUCAUCAGGUGCAUCUAUGAAAUUGAAAAUCGUGGGGCUGCAACAAAUAAUAUAGACCUAUAUCGAGUGUAUAGGACAUCAGCACCGAGUGACAUUGUUGCCGAGCUUCGGCAGAAGUUGAGUGAAGAUGUAGAACGCACAAAUUUAGCCAGUUAUGAACUGCAUUGUAUAGCCAGUGCCUUAAAGAAGUAUUUACGGGAGCUACCUAACCCUGUGUUUCCGGUGCAAUUUUAUGACAAAUUUAUAGAAACAGCUAAAAUUCAGAAUAAUGAUCAGUGUGUCCAAGCAUUGGAGCAGCUUGUUCAUCAACUUCCCAUUCAUCAUAAAUCCACCCUUCAAACAUUGAUGGCUCAUUUUUGUCGAGUGUGUCGGCUACAGUAUUCCAGAGGCAUUAAAGAACCUCCCACAAUUCUUAUCCAGAUGCUUUGUCACAUUCUCUUGAGACCACCUUGGGAGCGCAUAGUUCAAAUAGUUUAUAAUACUGAAGCACAUAUCAGAGUUGUUGAACUCUUGCUGCUUAAAGGAAAAUGGGGAGAACCCAUGCCCAUUUUCGAUUCUGCACCAGGUAAAUCCCUCCCACCUCGUCGCAUAUCAAAAAUCAGCCAGCCAUUUCCUGACUCUAUGCUUCAUGGGAAUAUGUCUCCUAAUAGUGGCACUACCAUUCCACAGAGGCCCAAUGAAGGACCAAAGAGUCUUGCAGAUGCAGAGUGGUAUUGGGGAGACAUCACUCGUGAUUCUAAAGAAUUCUCUUCAUAUUACAGAGAAGAAGUGAAUGAAAAAUUGAAAGAUACACCAGAUGGCACAUUUCUUGUUAGAGAUGCUUCCAAUAAAGGAUCUGGAGAAUACACUCUUACUUUAAGGAAAGGGGGCAGCAACAAAUUAAUCAAAAUAUGCCAUCGAAAUGGGAAGUAUGGCUUCACGGAACCUCUCAUGUUCAAUUCUGUUGUGGAAUUGAUUAACUAUUAUCACAAUGUAUCUCUUGCUCAGUACAAUCGCACAUUAGAUGUCAAAUUGCUUCAUCCUGUCUCCAGGUUUCAUCCUACUGGAAUUGAUGAAGAUGAAUCAAUUGAUGUCGAAAAGGUUGGAGAGAAAUUGAUGAAAAUCAAUCAAGAAUAUUUGCAGAAGACUAAAUUGUAUGAUCAGUUCUAUGAGGAUUACAGUAAAACCUUCCAAGAUGUUCAGUUGAAAAAACAAGCACAGGAUGCCUUUGUAGCUACAUUAGCUGUUUUUGAAGAACAAAUUCAUUUACUAGAAGACAAUCUUAAAGGCGCAGCUCCAUGUGAAAUUCAACCGCUAAUGGAAAACUAUGAGCUUCUAAAAUCCCGUCUACAAGCCUUAGAAGAGAGUAAAAAGCAACUUGAUAUGGAAUUGAAGCACCAAGCUGCAUUCCAUAGGUCUCUAGACAGAGAAAUGAACACACUAAAGCCUGAAAUUAUGAGGCUUUACAAACAGAGAGAAGAUUUUCAAGCUAUGCUGUAUGCAAAAGGAGUGAAAAAAGAUAGGGUAUUUAAAUUACUUCAAGAUUCUUGCUCAGAAGCUAGAGAUAUAAUAAGAGAGAGUGCAUUUUUACAAGAUGAUGAAACCCUUCCCCACCACAAUGAAUCCCUUUGGUUUCUGCAAGACAUCACAAGGAACGAAGCUAUACGUCUUCUGACGGGCAAACCAGAUGGCACUUUCCUAAUAAGAAACAGUCGGACUCAAGGGCAAUAUGCACUUUCCAUUGUGGCAGACGGUAAAGUCGGCCAUUGCCUCAUCUACAAAACAGACAAAGGUUAUGGUUUUGCAGAGCCUUACAACGUCCAUCCCAGCCUGAAAAGCCUGGUGCUGCAUUACGCUCAGACGUCUUUAGAAGAGCACAAUGACACUCUAAAGACAACUUUAGCAUAUCCAGUUUUCAGCCUAGACCACUAUGUCACUCAAAGUACGAACUGCUAGUGAAGGGCUGCAAGGGCAUUCUAUUUGCCUUUUUGUUUGUUUUUUUGUACUGCAGGUUGAUGCUUCAAGAUGUGUGUUUGUUGUGUGUUCAUCAAACAGUUAUACUCCAUGGACUAUCUUUUAUAAAUUCCCAUAUAUUUUUUACCACUGUUUCAUUUUUUUCCCCCUAAUAUAUCUUGUAAUGAAACGGUAGUGUUGAUAAAACAAAAGAUGAGUCUGCUGUAUUUUGAAUGUAAUUCCAUUUUGAAAAGGAGCAAUAUACAGAAAACCUUAUUAGUAUGGCUGAUUAUGAAAAACAAACACUAUUUUAAAAAUGCAUUAUAUCCAUUUGGCCAGGAGACAUAUAUAUUCUUUAAUGAGAAAAAAAUUGCAUCUUAAAAAAAAGUGAAUUUUUCAUAUUUUGAAAAUUUUUUGCAUCGUUCUUUCAUUAAAGCAUUUCCAUCAAUGAAAUUUUUUAAAUAAUUUGAAACAUGCUAAAAAAUAUGCAGACCUCUAUAUUUAUCUGCAAGAUUACCUGUCAUCUGUGUAACUCCAACAAAAGGGCAUUAAUUAGAAAGGUUUCAAGUAUAUCCUAGGAUUUGAUUUUAAUUUCAAUAACUUAAGGAAUAAACUUAUAGUACUAUUACUUUUGCAGCUAUUAAUGAUAAAUUCUAUAAACUCGUGCUAAAUAAAAUUUAUAAAAAAUAAUGAAAUUUUAUGUAGCAAGAAAAUUAAUAGUUUUCUUGAUGCAUAAGAAUAUACUAAAACAAAAAGUUGCAAUAUUAGGUUGAAACAAACACAACAGUUUCCUUAAAGUGAAUAAAAAAUGGUUAUUUGAAUCUACUUUUUUUAAUAAAUCCAUUCAUAAUUAUCCAUACAUUAAGGCAUUCUAGCAAAAAGUUUCUUACUAAAAAAAUUCAAAAGAAACAAAUCAACAUUGUAUCUUGAAAACACAAAUGCACAUAAAGGAUAAAUUGAAGCAUUCAGUAUACUUAGUAAAUGUCUGUGUGAUGUCCAGUGUCUUACUAUUCAUCUGAAGUGAAUUCUGGGAUAUUUCACCUCUUUUCUGUCAAUCAGGAAGACAUUCUUACAAUGUUAGAUUGUAGAGCUCGUUUGCCAACAUUCAUCGUUCGAAACUUUCAGUUUACUUUGUAGGGAGAUUGAAACGUUCCAUUCAUUAAGCAGAUAUUUAUUAGUUUUAUAAAUUCCAUUGUUAUGUACAUUAUUUGUAUUAAAUCGAAUUUUAUUUUAUUUCAUUGACUUAUUAGAAUUUUUAUUGAUUUAUAUACAAAAUUUGUUUUUAAAUCUGAGUUUAGUUUUUUGUGUAUAAAUUUAUAGCAAUAAAUUGUUUCAUUUUCCUCAUCGUUUUGUGUAAAAAAAAUAGUAAUUUGUUAUAAAAAUCUGAAAAUAAUAAAUUUUAUAUUAUGUUGAUUGUUUCAUCUGUGUAUUGCAAUUAUGCUAGUCAAUGCUUUGAUUAUCACAAUUUUGAAUAUGUGUUCUUUUUUUUAUAUUAUCAUCGUUAGUGAUUAUUGUAGUUCUUGAAUUGUAUGCAUGAAACUGUUUUUAACUGAUUUGUGUACACCAAGUAUUUGAAUGGGGAAGGAUGUGACAAUAUUGAAGAAAAUUGUUUCUUUGUGUAAUUCAAAUUGUGUUGUAUUAAAGAUAGAUGAAAAAGUGCUUUAAAAACGAGCUCUACAAGAGGAGAUUUGACAAUGAUGUAAUUGUUUAUUCCAUCUUGUCACGUGAUAAACUUUCUGUGAUGUAAUGUAUAUUUCGUCUUAAACGAAGUUUCGUAAAUAUGACACGAAAAAAUCAAUGUUAUUUUAUCAUUGUAGACUAGUGUUCUGUUCAGUAAAUGUUAAUUAAUUGUCUUCAAUUUUUUUUCAUGAAGUUAUGUACAUAUUUUGAAUUAUUGAUGUGCUAGUAAAAAAAUUAAUUGU